GGCGGCCGCAGCGGCGAAGGCGGGCGGCGGCCUAGAGUGUUGGUGGCGGCGGCGGCAGCGACAGCGGCCCGGGAGCUCGCGCGGGAGCCCCAGCCAGCUUGCUGAGGAGGCCGGCGAGCGCCCGGCGCUCCCAGGAGCACAGAGGAGAUGGCUGGCACCCGGGAACAAUAUGGGUGAAAGCCCAGCCUCUGCGGUUCUUAAUGCCUCAGCAGGAUUAUUUUCACUAAAGAUGGAAACACUGGAGUCUGAAUUGACCUGUCCAAUCUGCCUCGAGUUGUUUGAAGACCCCCUUCUGCUCCCCUGUGCUCAUAGCCUGUGUUUCAGCUGUGCCCAUCGCAUCUUGGUCUCCAGCUGCAGCUCCGGCGAAUCCAUCGAACCCAUUACCGCAUUUCAGUGUCCUACAUGCAGGUAUGUUAUCUCGCUGAAUCACCGGGGCCUGGAUGGCCUCAAGAGGAACGUGACCCUGCAGAACAUUAUUGAUCGCUUCCAGAAGGCUUCAGUCAGUGGGCCCAAUUCUCCAAGUGAGAGCCGUCGGGAGAGGACUUACAGGCCAACCUCCGCCAUGUCUAGUGAGCGAAUUGCUUGCCAAUUCUGUGAGCAGGACCCUCCAAGAGAUGCUGUGAAGACAUGCAUCACCUGUGAGGUCUCCUACUGUGACCGCUGCCUUCGGGCCACACACCCCAACAAGAAACCCUUCACCAGCCAUCGCCUGGUGGAACCAGUUUCAGAUACACAUCUUCGAGGGAUUACCUGUCUGGACCAUGAGAAUGAGAAAGUGAACAUGUACUGUGUAUCUGAUGACCAAUUGAUCUGUGCCUUAUGCAAACUGGUGGGUCAUCACCGAGACCAUCAGGUAGCUUCCCUAUAUGAUCGGUUUGAGAAACUAAAGCAAACUCUGGAGAUGAACCUCACCAACCUGGUUAAGCGCAACAGCGAACUAGAAAAUCAAAUGGCCAAACUAAUACAGAUCUGCCAGCAGGUUGAGGUGAAUACGGCUAUGCAUGAGGCAAAACUUAUGGAAGAAUGUGACGAGUUGGUAGAGAUCAUCCAGCAGAGGAAGCAAAUGAUUGCUGUCAAAAUCAAAGAGACAAAGGUUAUGAAACUGAGAAAAUUGGCACAGCAGGUUGCUAAUUGCCGCCAGUGUCUUGAACGGUCAACAGUCCUCAUCAACCAAGCUGAGCAUAUUCUGAAGGAAAAUGACCAAGCCCGGUUUCUGCAAUCUGCAAGAAAUAUUGCUGAAAGGGUCGCUAUGGCAACUGCAUCUUCUCAAGUUCUGAUUCCAGACAUUAAUUUUAAUGAUGCUUUUGAAAACUUUGCUUUAGAUUUUUCUAGAGAAAAGAAACUAUUGGAGGGGUUAGACUACUUAACAGCCCCAAACCCACCAUCUAUCCGAGAAGAACUUUGUACCGCCUCCCAUGACACCAUUACAGUCCACUGGAUCUCGGAUGAUGAGUUCAGCAUCAGCUCCUAUGAGCUUCAGUACACCAUAUUCACUGGCCAGGCUAACUUCAUCAGUAAGUCAUGGUGUAGUUGGGGCCUGUGGCCAGAGAUAAGGAAAUGUAAGGAAGCAGUAAGCUGCUCAAGAUUGGCCGGUGCGCCACGAGGACUGUAUAAUUCAGUGGAUAGCUGGAUGAUUGUGCCCAACAUUAAACAGAACCAUUACACAGUGCACGGCCUCCAAAGUGGGACACGCUACAUCUUUAUUGUGAAAGCCAUAAAUCAAGCGGGCAGCCGGAACAGCGAACCCACCAGACUGAAAACAAACAGCCAACCCUUUAAACUAGAUCCCAAAAUGACUCACAAGAAGUUGAAGAUCUCUAAUGAUGGAUUGCAGAUGGAGAAGGAUGAAAGCUCUCUGAAGAAAAGCCAUACCCCGGAGAGAUUUAGUGGAACGGGGUGUUAUGGGGCAGCAGGAAAUAUAUUCAUUGACAGUGGCUGCCACUACUGGGAGGUGGUCAUGGGUUCUUCAACAUGGUAUGCAAUUGGUAUUGCCUACAAAUCAGCCCCGAAGAAUGAGUGGAUUGGCAAAAAUGCCUCCUCCUGGGUCUUCUCGCGGUGCAAUAGUAACUUCGUGGUGAGGCAUAACAACAAGGAAAUGCUGGUGGAUGUGCCCCCACAGCUGAAGCGGCUUGGUGUCCUCUUGGAUUAUGACAACAACAUGCUGUCUUUCUAUGACCCAGCUAACUCUCUCCAUCUCCACACUUUCGAUGUGACCUUCAUUCUUCCAGUUUGUCCAACAUUCACAAUCUGGAACAAAUCCCUAAUGAUCCUGUCUGGCUUGCCUGCCCCAGAUUUUAUUGAUUAUCCCGAGCGGCAGGAAUGCAACUGCAGGCCUCAAGAAUCCCCCUAUGUGUCCGGGAUGAAAGCUUGCCAUUAAGUGUCAAGAGAGCAUGUAAUUCACUGGCUCUCCAGUUCAGCACUCUUCCCCUCCUAAGUCUCCAUUAGUGUUCCAUAUGAGAUACAAAAGAAAGUUCAUUGGAAGCACCCGUCCUAAAUAACUAGAUAUUGUAGAUUUAAUUUUUGUACAUUAAAGCUUAUGUUUGAAUUUAUGUAUUGAGUUACUCAGAACAAAUUAUCUGAAUAGUCUGGGUUUAUGCCACUGGGGAAGAAUUUUAGAGACUGUCUCUGUCAUCAUU